AACAAAAGCACUCUCUUGAAACUUGUACUUUUCUGAAAUCUUACAGAAAUUUGCUGUAAAAUGUCAAAAUAUAGUGUGUUAUUACCUACAUAUAACGAAAAAAGAAAUUUGCCAAUUAUCACCUACCUUAUAGCUCGUACUUUUGAGCAAGCGAACUUGACUUGGGAAAUCGUGGUAAUCGAUGAUGCCUCUCCAGACGGUACUCAAGAAGUAGCCAAAGAUUUGCAAAAGAUAUACGGUGAAGAUAAAAUAUUACUGAAACCUCGUUCUGGAAAACUGGGUCUUGGUACUGCCUAUAUUCAUGGGUUGAACUUUGCUACUGGUGACUUUGUGAUUAUUAUGGAUGCCGACUUUUCUCACCAUCCUAAAUACCUUCCUGACUUUAUUAAAUUGCAGAAGGAGGGUAACUACGAUAUCGUUUUAGGAACUCGAUAUGCUAAGGAUGGUGGUGUUUACGGAUGGAAUUUGAAAAGAAAGUUGAUUUCUCGUGGUGCCAAUCUUUUGGCUAGCACCGUUUUGGGAACUGGCGUUUCGGACGUUACUGGAAGUUUCCGACUUUACAAGAAGCAGGUCUUGGAGACCUUGAUGAAAGAGGUUACUAGCAAGGGAUAUGUUUUCCAAAUGGAAAUGAUUGCUCGUGCUCGUCAACACGAGUAUACUAUCGGCGAGGUUCCCAUUGCUUUCGUUGAUAGAUUGUAUGGUGAAAGUAAGCUCGGUAUGGACGACAUUAUCGGCUAUUUGAAGGGUGUGCUUUCCUUAGUUUUCAUUUAAUCAUGUAUUGAUGCAUAUUAUUUAUGAGUCAACCACUAGGUUUCGUUAUUCCCUUGGAUUUUUUUCGAAAGCUUUUCACUGAGAAAAUUUACAACUUUAAUUACGGCCCAGUUUUUUUUUAAACUUAAUGAUUGAUUAGUUUCUGAAUAUGCUUUGUUCUCGGAAGUACUAAUAUGAAUACAAACUCAAUAGCUAGUAUGUCAAGUAUAUAGGAGUAGAAUCGAAGGGGAUUUGACAUUUAAAAGAUACAUAUAUAUAAGCAAGUCACUGUAUUUGCUUGUUUUAUUUCUUAACAAUAGGUUCUAUUAAUUCGCUGAUCUACACAAACGCAAAGUUCAUAUCAACAUACAAUAUACAUAAAUUUAUCAACACUGG